CUUAAAAUUGAUCCCAUGGAAAUACAGAGUUGAAGAAGAAGCUCAAAACGAAAAUUACAUUAAAAAAAGAAACUAGGAAAUAAAAUUUGAGCUUUGUCGAGAGAGAGAGAGAGAUGGUUAUAUGCAUGGUACACACGUGUGAGAGAGGCCACGACGGUUUCCAUGUGUGAUGAAGGUUUAGGUGAGGCGAAUAAAAGAGAGCCAAAACAGUUGCUUUUGCCGAUGAAUCCGCCUCUGGCACCCCCCUCUCAUUUACUCACUGCGAACCACCCCCUUUAUUGUGCCUGCAAAACCAAAGUGGCAGAGAAGUACUCUCUCUAACUCUCUCUGCUCUCUCCCUCUCUCUCUCCCUCCCUCCUCUAACUAUCUGCUCUCUCCCUCUCUCCUCUAACUAUCUGCUCUCUCCCUCUCUCUAACUCUCUGCUCUCUCCCUCUAACUCUGUCCCACUGAAUGGCCGAGACCAAAGCAGAUAUUUAGCCUUCAUCACACUCCCUCUCUUCCCCCACAUGGCCAAACCCACGGAAGUGCAGAUUUAGCCCAUCCUCACUCUUCCAGGCCUUCCUCUCUCUCUCUCUCUCUCCCUGUAGAUACAAAUGGGCUCACCGGACAUGAAACAGUUGGGGCCAUGGCUGGGCAUGGCCUGCGUCCUCUUGGCGGCAACCACCCUCUGCAACUCGGUGUCAACCACCAUGCCAAAAACAUAUGUAGUCCAAAUGGACAAAUCGCAAAUACCAGAGUCCUUCACCCACCACUUCGACUGGUACCACUCCACACUCAGAUCAGUUAUUGCCAGCGAGCCCGAAACCGACGCCAACACGGAGACCACUAGCCAUCGAAUCCUCUACCACUAUGACAACGCCUUCCAUGGGUUCGCGGCCAAAUUAACGGGAGAGGAGGCCCAAAAACUCGAGUCUGUCCAUGGGGUAGUCGCCCUGUACCCCGAGGUCAUGUACCACCUCCACACCACAAGGAGCCCUGAGUUCCUCCGCAUAAUCCCCACAAAUAACAAAACAGGUGGAAACAUUUGGGCAAAGAUCGCAUCAAGCCAUCAAGUGGUGGUCGGUAUUCUUGAUACCGGGAUAUGGCCCGAGAGCCCGAGCUUUAGGGACUUGCAAAUGGCCCCACCCCCUGCAGGAUGGAACGGUAGGUGUGAGGCCAGCCCUGACUUCACCCCUGAAGUAAACUGCAACAAGAAAGUGAUAGGUGCGCGGGUUUUCUAUCGUGGUUAUGAGGCGGCAACAGGGAGCAUGAACGACACAGGGGAGGUGAAGUCAGCACGUGACCAUGAUGGCCAUGGCACCCACACCGCCGCUACUGUGGCUGGUGCACCCGUUCCAAAUGCCAGCCUCCUCGGUUAUGCCAAUGGCACUGCCCGUGGUAUGGCACCCGGGGUACGUAUAGCUGUGUACAAGGUGUGUUGGGCAAAUGGGUGUUUCAGUUCCGACAUAUUGUCAGCAAUCGAUAGGGCAGUGGCCGAUGGUGUUCACGUUCUCUCCAUCUCUCUAGGGGGAGGCGUGUCAUCAUAUUAUCGUGAUAGCCUCGCAGUGGCAGCAUUUGGCGCAAUGGAGAAGAGAGUGUUUGUGUCGUGCUCAGCCGGUAAUGCAGGACCCGAUCCCGUGAGCCUCACCAAUGUCUCGCCAUGGAUUGCCACUGUCGGGGCCAGCACCAUGGACCGAGACUUCCCUUCAACUGUGACUUUAGGAAACAAACGUAGCUUUCAUGGUGUCUCUCUAUACAAGGGGAGAAGAAAUCUAUCUAGAAACAAACAAUAUCCGCUUGUUUACUUGACUGGUAAUUCUAGCACACCAGAGCCAAGCUCCCUAUGUUUAACCGGCACGUUGGAUUCUAGGAAGGUGGCUGGGAAAAUCGUUAUAUGUGAUCGAGGUAUAAGCCCGAGAGUGGAGAAGGGGCAGGUGGUGAAAGAGGCAGGAGGCAUGGGCAUGAUCUUGGCCAACACAGCAGCGAAUGGGGAGGAGCUUGUGGCUGAUGCACACCUGAUCUCAGCGGUCUCAGUCGGUGAAACAGCCGGAAAGGCCAUCAAACACUAUGUAUCAACCACUUUUCGACCCACCGGCACACUCUCAUUCAUCGGAACCAAGCUCGGUAUUCGACCAGCACCUGUUGUGGCAGCUUUCUCAUCAAGAGGGCCCAACUUUUUGACAUUAGAGAUUCUAAAGCCCGACAUGGUGGCACCAGGGGUGAACAUACUUGCUGCUUGGUCAGGUGAUGCACCCCCUUCUAGCUUGCAGCAAGACCGGAGGCGGGUAGCUUUCAAUAUUCUUUCGGGGACAAGCAUGUCAUGCCCGCACGUGAGUGGAGUAGCCGCACUCCUCAAGGCGGCACACCCUGAUUGGAGCCCGGCCGCCAUCAAGUCAGCCUUAAUGACCACCGCCUAUGUGCAUGACAACACACAUGGCUCACUAAGAGAUGCAGCGACGGAUAAACCUUCAACCCACUUUGACCAUGGAGCUGGCCAUAUAAAUCCAUCCAGGGCCCUGGACCCAGGCCUAAUAUAUGACAUCAACCCACAAGACUACUACGAAUUCCUAUGUUCGGUGAAGUUAACACCAGAGCAACUAAAGGUGUUCUCAAAGUCGACAAAUCAAACAUGUCGACAUGCAUUCCGCACUCCAAGUGAUCUUAAUUAUCCGGCAAUAUCAGCUGUGUUUGCAGAGAAGCCGGUCACCUCGACAGUUUCGGUGCGAAGAACUGUGACUAAUGUGGGGUCUCCGGUUUCGACUUAUCGUGUUAGAAUUGCCCCAAUUGUGGGAGCAGACGUUAUAGUCAAGCCAAGAACCUUGAACUUUACUGAAAAAUAUCAGAAGCUGUCCUAUGAGGUGAUCUUCACUUCAAAGUCUCAACAGACCUCACCAGCGCUUGGAGCACUGGUGUGGACCGAUGGGAUCCACAAGGUUCGAAGCCCCAUCGUUCUUACAUGGUUAGCGCCCAUAUGAUCGAAGAGAAGUUUGUUUUUUCCCCUUAUUUAUCAUCUUUUUUCUCCUUUUCUUUUCUUCCUUUUUUUUUUUUUUUUUUCUCUAUGUUUUUUUUACUGAUGCUAUCUGUAAACUGGUUUUGAACAUGAGGACCAACUUCA